AAAAAGAACAAGAUCACGGCCACACGCCGGCUACAGCUAAAAGGCAAGCUGCUAAAGAAGGCAGCGUCUAUGCUUGUAGCUGAGAAAGAGCAGAACAAGCGUGAGAGGGAGAGUGCCCUGAACGAGAGAGUCCCUCCACUCAAACUCUCUGGAAUGUCUGUACAGGAGCUGCAGGAGCUCUGCAAAGAACUCCAUCGCAAGAUAGACACCGUUGAUGAAGCACGAUAUGACCUUGAAGUUAAAGUGGCCAAAAAUGAUAAAGAGAUCCAAACCCUGACGCAGAAGAUCGGAGAGAUAAAGGGCACCAUGAACAGAACCAAACUGAAGAGGGUGAAGAAAUCUGCCGACGCUAUGCUGGGGGCUCUGACUGAAUCCAAAAUGUCAUCAAAGGCAGACUUUAAAGCCAACCUGAAGACUGUCAAGAAAGAGGAUGAGAAGAAGGAGGAGGUGACUGACUGGCGUAAGAACGUGGAGGCCAUGUCUGGUAUGGAAGGCAGAAAGAAGCUGUUUGAUGCUGGACAAUAAAAUGUUUAGAUGCAGAAGAGUCAGCUGGAAACAUGUGUUUCAUGGAUUUUGUGUAUUAUUGUGUCAUAAUCAAGCAACAAUAACUACAGACUCAUAACAAAUAGACGGCAUACUCAAUAACAAGGUGCCCCAAGACGAGACGACAUCUUUGUGGAAAUGGGAAAAAAGGGAAGAGCAAAACUGUGCAUAAUCAUUUUGAGUGUAAAAGUAUUUGUGAUCGGUGACUUUCCGUGGAUUUAUGACUGUAGAUAAACUGUGUGUGUUCCAAAGAGUCUCAAAACUCACUGGCCCUUAUGUCAGCCUGGCUAUUGUCAACAUACACUUCUUUCUGUCUUGCAUAGAAAUACACUGUGUGCAUUGAUCUGACUAGAGAUGGAUGGACUGAACCUGACCUCUGGUGGUAUACACCAUGUUACGUUGUAAGAUGGCGGAUAUUGCAAACCAUCCUAGUCACUCACAAUGUAACGGCAUUCCACAAUUAAAUAUGAUGCAAUGUAUUAAUGAAAUAA